AACAGACAGGGCGGAACUGCUGUUCGCAGUGUGUCGAAGGAAGACGGACAGUCGGGCAGAGUUACAACUAAACUAAGCAGCUAAGUUACAAGUUAACAUGCCAGUGAGCUAGGCUAAAUCCACACUUUUCUCAACGACAUCGCGGACAAGGUCGCGGCUUGUUUCUGCGUGUUUUGGAGGCGUUUGAACUUCCCUCACAUUCGCCCCUCCGUAUUUUCACGAAGGGAGGCGGCGGUGGAGCGCUCGGCAGCCAUCUUUGGACCUGCCUGGGAGUGGGAUCCGACUAUUCUGGCACCCUAGUUACUUCGAGGGUGGGGAUUUUAACCUACAGUAAUUCACAAAUCUACAUGUUUAAAUCGACUGACAGCGUCACGAAUAACAAGAAUUUGGCGUGUAAAAUCACCUCGCCGGGGAUGACACGGGCAGAAGACUUUCACAAUCCCAAACUGUUUUGAAUCACACGACAUUAUCUUCAGUGCUGAAACCUGGCCUGUCAGGAGACGCUCUGAACACAUAUGAGACCACUGUCCUGCAGAUGAGCCAUCGGUGGGGGCUUUCAAGUCGCUGUCGCAGACCCAGAUAGUUCCUGGCGGCAGCGGCAUUGCCCCCCAACCCCCCAUUAUGCCCAACAGCGGUCGGGCGGGGAGCCUGAAGGACCCCGAAAUUGCCGAGCUCUUCUUCAAGGAGGACCCAGAAAAGCUCUACUCAGAUCUGCGUGAGAUCGGACAUGGCAGCUUUGGUGCUGUAUAUUUUGCACGGGAUGUGCGGACAAAUGAGGUGGUGGCCAUCAAAAAGAUGUCCUACAGUGGGAAGCAGUCCACUGAGAAAUGGCAAGACAUCAUCAAGGAGGUGAAAUUCCUGCAGAGAAUACAACAUCCAAACAGCAUAGAGUACAAAGGAUGUUACCUGCGAGAGCACACUGCCUGGCUGGUAAUGGAGUAUUGUCUGGGGUCUGCUUCAGAUUUGUUAGAAGUUCACAAGAAACCUCUGCAAGAAGUUGAAAUAGCCGCAAUUACCCAUGGUGCUCUUCAAGGGUUGUCUUACCUUCAUUCCCACAACAUGAUUCAUCGAGAUAUCAAGGCAGGAAACAUCUUGCUGACAGAGCCAGGGCAGGUUAAACUAGCAGAUUUCGGUUCCGCCUCCAUCGCCUGUCCCGCCAACUCUUUUGUUGGGACUCCAUAUUGGAUGGCCCCAGAAGUAAUUUUAGCUAUGGAUGAGGGCCAGUAUGAUGGAAAGGUGGAUAUUUGGUCUUUGGGAAUAACCUGCAUUGAAUUAGCGGAGAGGAAGCCUCCACUCUUCAACAUGAAUGCAAUGAGUGCCUUAUACCAUAUAGCACAGAAUGAGAGCCCUAUGCUGCAGUCCAGUGAAUGGACGGAUUAUUUCCGAAACUUUGUAGAUUCUUGCCUUCAGAAAUUUCCCCAGGAUAGGCCGAACUCUGAGGAGCUCUUAAAGCAUGCAUUUGUCCAGCGAGUGCGACCAGAAUCAGUCUUAGUAGACCUGAUAAGUCGGACUAAGGACGCAGUUCGAGAGCUUGACAAUCUGCAGUAUCGCAAGAUGAAGAAGAUCUUGUUUCAGGAAGCCCACAAUGGCCCCACAACAGAGGCACAAGAUGAGGAGGAGGAGCCGGAACACAGUGUUGGCAGGACAGGUACGGUGAACAGCGUGGGGAGCAACCAAUCCAUACCCAGUAUGUCAAUCAGCGCCAGUUCCCAGAGCAGCUCCGUCAACAGUCUAACAGAUGCAGGCGAUGACAAGAGCGAGGUGGACAUAGAGGGAGACCACACGGUCAUGUCCAACAACUCUGUGAUACGCCUCAAACCAGAGGACGAGACCUAUAAUGAGGAGUCAGAACCUAACACCCGACCAACUGAGCCACAGUCUCCGCCUGCACAAACUCCACGGCCAAAACGGAACCGUGAACACUUUGCUACUAUACGCACAGCCUCAGUGCUCACUCGUCAGAUUAAGGAGCAUGAGCAGGAUUCAGAGUUAAGAGAGCAGAUAUUGGGCUACAAGCGCAUGAGGCGACAGCACCAGAAACAGCUGAUGGCUCUGGAAAACAAGCUGAAGGCUGAGAUGGAUGAGCACAGACUCCGCCUGGACAAGGAGCUGGAGAACCAGAGGAAUAGCUUUGCCCAGGAGAUGGAGAAACUGAUCAAGAAGCACCAGGCGUCUAUGGAGAAAGAUGCAAAAACGUUUACCAAUGAUGAAAAGAAGUUCCAGCAGCAUAUUCAGAGUCAGCAGAAAAAAGAGCUCAACAGCUUUUUGGAGUCCCAAAAACGGGAAUACAAACUUCGCAAGGAACAACUCAAAGAGGAGCUGAACGAAAACCAGUCAACACCCAAGAAAGAAAAGCAGGAGUGGUUAGCCAAGCAGAAAGAGAACUUCCAACACUUCCAAGCAGAGGAGGAGGCCAACUUGCAGCGCCGACAGAGGCAGUAUCUGGAACUGGAGUGCCGAAGGUUCAAACGGAGGAUCUUAAUUGCUCGCCACAAUAUCGAACAGGACUUAGUGCGAGAGGAGCUAAACAAGCGUCAGACCCAGAAGGACUUGGAACAUGCCAUGCUUCUGCGACACCAUGAGUCCAUGCAAGAACUGGAGUUCCGCCAGCUCAACACUAUCCAAAAGACGAGGGCUGAGCUCAUCCGCCUGCAGCACCAGACGGAGCUCACCAAUCAGCAGGAGUACAACAAGAGGAGGGAGAGGGAACUUCGACGUAAACACGUUAUGGAAGUUCGCCAGCAGCCCAAGAGCCUCAAGUCCAAAGAGCUACAGAUCAAGAAGCAGUUCCAGGACACAUGUAAGAUCCAGACCAGGCAGUACAAAGCACUGAGGAACCAUCUGUUGGAGACCACACCAAAGUCAGAGCACAAGGCUGUUCUUAAACGGCUCAAGCAAGAGCAGCACCGCAAACUUGCCAUCCUGGCAGAGCAGUAUGACCACUCCAUCAAUGAGAUGCUUUCCACUCAGGCGCUUCGCCUGGAUGAGACUCAGGAGGCUCAGUGCCAAGGCCUACGAAUGCAGCUACAGCAGGAGCUGGAGCUUCUCAACGCCUACCAGAGCAAGAUCAAGAUGCAGACAGAUGCCCAGCAUGACCGCGAGAGGAAGGACCUGGAGCAGAGGGUGUCACUGCGAAGGGCUCUGCUGGAACAGAAGAUUGAGGAGGAGAUGUUGUCCUUGCAAAAUGAACGCUUGGAACGAAUCCGAAGCCUGCUGGAGCGCCAAGCCCGAGAAGUCGAGGCUUUCGACUCAGAGAGUAUGCGCCUGGGCUUCAGCAACAUGGUGCUAUCGAAUGUCUCCCCAGAGGCCCUCAACAAUAGCUUUCCCGGGGCUCCAGCAAGUUGGAGUCACCAUCAGCAACAGCACCCAUCAGGGGGCUCCCAAGGGUCACACUGGGGCAGUGGCAGUUCAGGCGCAGGGUCAAGCCACCACGGCAGUCAUCACCACUAUCACUCCAGUCCUGGAGGGGCUCCUAUGCAGCAAGGCUGGGGUCAGGGAGGGGGUCCAUCACCGUGGGGCCACCCGUCAGCAGGAUCCCUGGUCUCCCGCAGCAGUGGAGGCGUACAGAACAGCCCCCAAGCAAUGGGAAGGACAUCCUCAGGAGGGCGCAGUGAGCAGAGCAUGAGCAGGAGUACUAGUGUCACCUCUCAAAUAUCUAACGGGUCCCACCUCUCCUACACAUAGAUCCCCUGUUAGCUCUGGAGUCAGAAUUUGAACGUGGAGAUGUAGAAUUGUACACACAGCAGGACAGAGUUUUGGCUUAGCUCCACUGCUCUGGUUCUCCCUGCAACCC